AUUGAACAAGCCAUUGCUGCAGUCAAUUGAUCUGCAAGCAAGGUGGAAGUAUUUGGUCUAAUCUAUUAAAGUAUACGAGGGUAUUUGAGCCAGACAAAUGAAGGGAUUUUUCCAGGAUAAGAGCUGUCUGCUUUCGCCCGACCAGAGAAUAAAUGUGCCCAGUACACCAUUUGCCAUCCCAGAUCUUACGCCGAAAUGUGCAGUGGCGUCCAAAGUAGCCAUGACUCCUACAAUUGAAACCAGCGGCUGCGACAGCCACGAUCACUUUUCCCAUACGGAUGGAAGCACCAUAGCCACGAGCUUUCCUGACUCUGCUCACAUGAAUAAGCUGACCCCUAAUUAUUCGACGUCGUACCCUCCGACAAGUGAGAGUGAGUUUGAGAAGCUCAGGAAAAUCGAUUUGAGCUAUUUGACGCUGUUCAGAAGAAGUGCACGCUUCUCAAACAAGGGCUACAACCAUUUUUUCUUAUCACAAGAGCUUAAGUGUGAUGAUCAUUUUCUGUCGCCCUCGGCACACGACCAAAACAAUCUCAAUGGUGGUGCCUACAGCACGGAUUCGGCAGCCAACAGCCAUGGGAGUGUGCCUCCCAACUAUAGAAGGAACACGAGUUCUACGACCUUGAAUUCAAAUGGGGUGCAGUCGAAUGGGAACAUGUCUACCAAGUCGGUGGAUUCGCAUGCCAUCUACAACAUGGCUUUUAGCCAUGAUGGGAAAUACUUGGCGUCUGCUGGUGCCGACGGCUUAAUAAGAAUAUGGGAAGUUAUCACUUCGGAGAUGGAUAGACACAGCAAUAACUUCCAUUCUUUGAACAUUCCAGUCAAACCACACAGGAAAUCCUUCAUUGAGAAUGCCCUUGACGAUACAUUGAAUGACCUGGGCUCUAUUAUAAAUGGGGGCUCAGAACAACGGACUAGCAAGUCCUACUCAAAAUCACGAAGGAACACUCUUGAUUCUUAUGAUAGCGCAAACACCAACGAGUCAAAGCCAAAUUCCCAUUUCUCAUCAAAAAAUGCAGAAUACGCCCCAGUUUUUAAGUCGAAGCCUGUGAAAACGUUUUAUCACGAUAGAACUGUAAACUCUUUGGAUUGGUCCAAGAACAACUUUCUGUUGAGUUCUUCAGAGGAUGGAACUGCUAAGCUUUGGCACGUAGACAGAGCAGAUUGCCUACAAACUUAUAAGUUCGACAGUAUUGUGACGUGUGCCAAAUUCCAUAAAACUGACGACCGUUUCUUUGUCGCAUCUCAGUGGAAUGGUAGGGUACUUUUUCUUUCAAUUUUUGAGAAGGAAGUCAUUUAUGAAGUCAAUUUGAACAAAUCGAUUACUUGCUUUGAUUUCUGCCCAAAUUCCAAGCGGUUGUUUGUGGGCUGUGAUAAGGGAUAUAUCUUUACGCUUAAGAUCGAUGGUGGUCUAAUAGUUGAGUCAGAUUACCAAAUCAAAAGAAAGCAUAACAUGCCCAGGAUUACUGGAAUUGUCACAUUCAUAGAUGAUACAAAGGAUUGUUUGAGUGAUCCAGCAAAAACUCCUUACAAUAAAAGUAACACCUCAAGUAAUAACAAAACCAACAACGAAAGCGAACUUCCAAUGGUGAAGGUUCUAAUUUCAUGUAAUGAUUCUAAAAUUAGAUUGUUUAAUUUCACGGAAAAAUUUUUGGAAGUUAGGUAUUCAGGUUAUACAAAUAAAGCAUCAACUAUAUCUGCAAGCUUAAAUGAGGAUAAGACCCACGUUAUUAGUGGUAGUGACGAUGGAUGGACUUAUAUAUGGCAAUUGUAUUCAGAUAAGCGAAACAAAAUAGAAAACGAAAAGAAAUUAUUCACCAAGGCACACUUUGAUCUUUUGAAUUACUUCAAAGACGACACCUGUCUCAUAGACAACAAAUAUUAUGGUUCUUUCCAUACGCAUAAUAACAGGUGUAAUGUCUCAUUAUUUGCACCUAGAGCUUCAUUGAAAUUGUUGGAAUUGAGUAAUGAUCCAAUUUUCGAUUUGAAGCAUCAAUAUUCUUCCUUGGUAACUGAAAGUCAUAUAAAAGACCUGGAAAUUGAUGAUUUAUCAACAGCGGUGAUCGUUUCAACAGAUAACACCGGGAAGAUUAAAGUUUUUAGAAGAGAUUUUUCAAGGUAUAUCAGAAAAGCUCUUCAAGGCAAAAAAGCCUCACAGUUGUUAGAUAGAAAACAGAGCGUACUCUCAAGAGGGAUGAGUAAGAAGGUACUGAAUCGAAAUUCUUUAGUGAUUCCAAACUACGAGGCCACGACGAUGAACAUCGCGGAUACGAUGUCUUCCAUCUACAUGGAUGCGGAUGCAACAGUUAGGGGUCGUGGGAAAAAGGGGUACUUGAGACCAGCAAAUAAGUUUGCAGUUGAAUCCAGCAUAAUACCUGACGGUUCAAAUGCAAAUGGAUCAGGUACAACGAAAGCUUCUAGUUGUUGCAAGAGUGCAAAGCAAUUGAUUCCAAAAAUCAACAUUGAGAAGCAACAACAGCAGAAAGUGGAUGGGAACAGCAACACUAAUAUGAUAACCUCUACUCCGGAUGUAUCAACAAGCUCUUACAGCGGCAAGACAAGCUAUGACGAGAUGAACAACAGCACUUUAAGAGGCAUUCAACACAACCAUAGCGUCGGGGUUGGGAAAGAUAAGUUAACCUCUUUGCCUUUGCGGGGAGGAUCGUCUAGUGUAUCAUCCACUUCUUACUCAUCAAGCUCUAAAAAUUCUAUACAGGUGUCAGAUUCGGUGAAGAACAUUGAUGAUGAGAUAAAAAAGGUUUUAGUGCAAACUCCACAUGUUGGGGUUGUGCAUCAAGUAGGCCAAAAGCAGCAUUCGCAUUCCAAUACGUCAUUGUCCAAGUCCGAGGAAGGUGGGCAGCUGAAGGGCAAUGUUUACAUUGAAAGGGCCACACACCAAGUAGAAGACGGUGGGGUUAAAGAGUCCCAGGUAGUAAGUAUACCCUUGGACGUCGGGAGCAUCGCAAACAGGCGUGCCGAAGGUUGGAGCGACGUUGGAGACGGUAAGUAUACCUGUUCCAAGUGUCAGAGUGUCAACUUUACUCCGCAUCCAAUGACUUCGGGUACUACAAACCAAAUAAAGUUCUACUGUGACGAUUGUGGGCAGGAGGCCAAAAUCGAAUAAGCCUGAUAUUUUCCUGCAUUCCACCCUUUUCCCAAUAAAGGUGGUUAAUUAUUAGUAGUCUUCAUAUUCAUAACUAUCUCUAGUGAGAUCUAAUACCGGAGCAUUGAAUUUACGCGUCUUGUAUAUGAUAGCCCCUCAUGUAGCAACAGCGCAC